UACACAAGCACUGAAAUGGACAACUUCUGUAACAAAAGCACCAAGAUAUGAAAGCACCGAGAUAAACGACUCUAGCAACGAGAACCUACAAAGGAAACAAAAAACUGAGUUUCAACAACAAGAAAUUAAGGAAUUGCAAGAGCUUAUUAAAGAUAUGACUGCUAAAGGAGAAACUGAACACAAGCUUGACACUAACACCAAAGCUUCUAUUGUCUUAUUUGAUGAAGCAGAAAAAGUAAGCAAUAGUGCUGUUUUAGACGCUUUAGAUAAAGUCCUAGAUCUUAAUUUUAACCAAGCCCAUUAUGAUAAGUUCUUUGAAGGAAUAUUAAAUCUCAAAUACUGUGUUUUUUUUCUUACCAUGAACUGA